AUGAUGUUCACCAAGACUCUCGGCAUCGCCGCUGCCUUCGCCACUAUGGCAUCCGCUCUGCCCUCCGGCAUGAUGGUCAAGCGCAAUGACACUGUCCCCGCCAGCGGCAGCGUCCUGAUCACCAACACCCUGGACAAGGACGUCUACGCCUGGUCCGUCUCUCAGGAUGUCGGCCCCAUGCAGAUCAUCAAGUCCAACGGCGGCACCUACUCUGAGCCCUGGCAGAUCAACCCCAACGGCGGCGGUAUCUCCAUCAAGAUCGCUACCGACCCCAGCCAGGCCGAUGUCCUCCAGUUCGAGUACACCCAGGCCAUCGACACCAUCUUCUGGGAUCUGUCCUGCAUCAACAUGGGUUCGGACUCCGAGUUCACCAAGUACGGCUUCGCCGUCCUCCCCUCUGAGGGCGCCUCCGACUCCUGCCCUAGCGCCAUCUGCACGGCUGGUGACGCCAACUGCGCUUCCGCCUACCUCCAGCCCACUGAUGACCACGCCACUCACGGCUGCCCCAUCGAUACCGGUCUGGCUCUGACGAUCGGUCAGUAA